GACAUGAUCACACUUCUCACAAACGCGUUCAGUCAGAGACGUACUAUUCUUCCAAAUCAUAACACUCUAGCGGUCGGUCCAGGAUGAGAGCUGUUCUUGUUCUCCUGCUCGUGGCUGUGGCUAGUGCAAAGGUGUACGACAGAUGUGACCUGGCUAGAAGGCUGAAGGCGGCAGGAAUGGAUGGCUACUAUGGAAACAGUUUGCCUAAUUGGGUCUGUCUUGCCAAAUGGGAGUCGAGCUAUAACACCCAGGCCACAAACCGAAACACUGACGGCUCCACCGAUUAUGGCAUCUUCCAGAUCAACAGCCGCUGGUGGUGUGAUGACGGGCGCACUCCAAGAGCAAAGAACGGCUGUGGUAUCCGCUGCAGUCAGCUGCUAACCGAUGAUCUGACAGUGGCGAUCAAUUGUGCCAAGCGUGUAGUGCGAGACCCAAAUGGAAUCGGAGCAUGGGUGGCUUGGAGGAAUCGCUGCAAGAACCGUGACCUGCAGUCCUAUGUGGCCGGCUGUGGGGUCUAAGCCCGGGCUGAAA